CUAAGCGAAAACACGCAUUUUGUCACGGGCAACAAUGGGCCAGGAAGUAUACUUAUUCUUCCUGGACUCGACAUGUUGGAUUAAGGAUUUCUAUAGCUGUGUAAAAACUGUCUUAUAAUGGACCCUGAGUCCAGCCUCCAAGAUGUGAUACGGUGCCAUCUCUGCGAGAUAUCGGUUCCUCUUUUGCACUGUGUCAUUUGUAACAUACAUCUGUGUAAAGCCUGUGAGAGUCAUCAUCUAUCUGAUAAAACCAAAGAACACAUAGUGGUGCCAUUCAAGUACCAGAGGAAUAUUCCUAAAUGUCAAAACCAUUCAUCAAACUUUUGUGAAAGUUACUGUGAAUAUUGCUACUUUCCCAUCUGUACACUCUGUGUUUCCUCUAAAGGACAUCAACAUCAUAAUGUAGUGGAGAUUUCGGAAAGUAUAGAAAGCAAAAAACAUGUAUUGCAGAAAGAUUUACAAGAUUUGGAAAAAUCUAUUUUGCCGAAAUAUUAUGAGAUUGUCUCAAAAUAAAAGCUCAAAAAGCUUAUCUGAAUGAAAACUCCCAAAAAUUAAGAACAACAAUCAAUGAAUAUGGAGAAGAGUUGCACAUAGACAUAGACAUUGUUAUGAAAUGCCUAAAAUCUAACCCAAGCGAAAUAGGCUCCAAACACCUGGCUGUCCUAAAUAAACAAAAAAAUGAAAUAGUACGCAUCAUUUCUGAAAUCACGGAGAGCAUUGCCAACCUGAAAAAAUUAUUGUACUCUAAUGAUAUCAGUCUUGUCUCUGGCUACGAAUCCAGGAAUACUGAAUUUAGAAGAUUGCCGCCUAAACUCACGGUUUUCUUUCCAAGUUUUACCCCUCUUAUACUGAGCACAGAUCUGGACCAGUUUUUUAAACCUUUCGAUUCUCUGUCAGCGUCAUCUAUCAAAACAGAAGAACAUGGUUACACAAUUGAUGCCGCAUGCGCCAAGUUGUCUCUACAACAAAAGACGUUCACUAACGGACCGAGGGUGUUGACAGAUAUAAACACUGUAUAUGGACGUUCUAAGAGAAUUGGCAGCGUGCACUGUCAGAGCAAUGACGAAAUAUGGACAUGUGGUGCAAAUAAUAUGAUUAGACUCUUCAAUCUUCAAAGAGAACAAGUAAAGUCAAUCAGUGUUAUGUAUGGUAACUGUCAAGAGGACAUAGCAGUGACGAUGAGUGGGGAUUUAGCCUCUGCUGAUUUUCAUGAUAGAUCUGUGAGCAUCGUGAAAGAUACACAGAUACAAACAGUAAUCAGAAUACAGGAAUGGAAACCUCGAAAUUUCUGUUGUACUGCCUCUGAUUACUUCCUGGUUGUCAUGGACAAUUAUGAUGAGAAACAAACAAAAGUAGUGAGUUACUAUGGCUCCACAGAGGUACAAACUAUUCAGCACAAUGAAAAAGGACAGCCUCUUUAUUCAUUUGCUGAAUUUACUAAUAUGUAUAGCAUAUUUGUUAAGACUAAAUAUAUUUGUGAGAACACGAACUUAGAUAUAUGUGUGUCAGACAUAGGAGCCCGAGCAGUAGUGGUGGUUAAUCAGGCUGGAAAACUCCGAUUUACCUACACGAUUCCUCUCUCUUUAACCAAACCAGCUUUCGAACCAGCCGGAAUCACUACAGACAGCCAGAGUAGGAUCCUGAUUGCAGACUGCUUCAACAACUGUAUCCACAUCCUGGACCAGGACGGACAGUUCCUUCGAUACAUUGACAACUGUGAUUUACAGUGGCCAUUAAGUUUGUGUGUGGACACCAAAGACAACCUCUUUGUGGCUGAGUUCAAUACAGGUAUAAUAAAGAAAAUUCAAUAUUAUGAGUAAAUAAAAUAUGCCUGUUUAUAUACACAGGAUUAUACAUAACCUUUAUAUCAUUACCAAAAUGAGAUCAUGAAACUUAUCCUUAACACGAUUCGUGACAUGUAAACAAGUAAACAAACUGUCUUAACACGUGAUUUGGUUUACCUAAGAAUAUAAAUUGGUUUAAUUAAAAAACAUUAUUCUCUGUACCAUAUAUAUUCCAUCAUGUUGUGGACGUGUGUCUCAAUGGAACUAGUAACACUGAACU